CUGACAGCUCGCAAAUUCUGACUAAAAUUUCGGGCGCAAGGCUGCAGAAAAUGCCUCCAUUUUGUUUAUUUUCUUAUGUGAAAAGUGUUGUGUCGGCAUCGCGAUAAAUAACAAUAAUAUCAAGCCAAUGAGCUUAGUAUAAAUAACGAAAUUCUUUGCAGGUUGAAAAAUACAGUCGUAUAUAUGUUUCUUGUGCGUUUCCCUCGCCUAGAGGGUUUAAAAAAUAGCAGACAUUGGGCGCAUCGCGAGUAAGCACUUUGUCAAAUUGACUACAGUCUCCGGCACUAAAAAUAAUUCGCAUAAUAGUAAUAAUACUACUUAUCGUACUGUCGCGGCGGACAAAGAAAGUUUAUUAAAUAUAAAAAAAAGUAAAAGUGUAUUUGGCACUGUUGGCAAAGACAAAACUGUGCCCCUUUUAUCUCCACCCCCAAUUAUGAACCACGUGACUGGCCACUACCGUAGGAACGAAGACAAUCCCCAAAACCAAAAUAUUAACGUAAAUGAAGUAGAAGAAAUGGAAACUCAAGAAGAUUCUGGCGGUGGAGAAAUGGACCAAACCCAAAACGGAGAGGUAGUCAUUGGACCUCAGCCCGAUCCGAAUAUGUCAGUUCAAGAUGCUGAAAUGGAAGAGGAUGAAGCUCGUUCUGAGGCCACAUUUAGAUUUACAGUACAUCAGUUUAGCAAGUUGAAGGAUUCAGUACUCUCGCCAGCAUGUUUCAUUCGCAAUUUGCCAUGGAAGAUAAUGGUGAUGCCACGCAACAGUCACGCUCAGGACAGAACCUCCCAGAGGUCUCUGGGGUUCUUUCUUCAGUGCAAUGGAGAAAGCGAGUCAAGUUCAUGGUCAUGUUAUGCUGUUGCAGAAUUACGACUGAUCUCAGUAAGGCCUGAUGUUGAAAAUUUUUCGAGGAAAAUUCAACACUUGUUUUAUUCGAAGGAAAACGACUGGGGUUUCUCACAUUUUAUGGCAUGGAAUGAUGUUUUGGACCCAGAAAAAGGAUACAUAAAGGAUGACGCCAUUACUUUGGAAGUUCAGGUGGUGGCAGAUGCUCCCCAUGGUGUUUCAUGGGACAGCAAAAAACAUACUGGUUAUGUUGGCCUAAAAAAUCAAGGUGCGACUUGUUACAUGAAUUCGCUCCUUCAGACAUUGUACUUCACAAACCAACUGAGGAGAGCUGUGUACAAGAUGCCCACUGAGUCGGACGAUUCCACGAAAUCCGUUGCUCUGGCUUUACAGAGGGUGUUCCACGAACUGCAGUUCUGUGAUAAACCGGUCGGUACGAAGAAGCUAACGAAGAGUUUCGGUUGGGAAACUUUAGAUUCAUUUAUGCAGCAUGACGUCCAGGAGUUCUUAAGGGUGCUAUUAGAUAAGUUGGAGAGUAAAAUGAAGGGUACUUGCGUUGAGGGUACCGUCCCGAAAUUAUUUGAAGGCAAAAUGAUUUCGUACAUCAGGUGUAAGAACGUCGACUACUCUAGCACCAGAUCUGAAACAUUUUACGACAUACAGCUGAACAUUAAGGGGAAGAAAAAUAUUGAUGAGUCAUUUAAAGAUUACAUUGCAAAAGAAACCCUAGACGGUGACAACAAAUACGAUGCCGGAGAACAUGGUUUACAGGAUGCUGAAAAGGGGGUAAUUUUCUCGGCUUUCCCACCCGUAUUGCACUUACACUUGAUGAGGUUCCAGUACGACCCCAUCACUGACAGCUCAGUGAAAUUCAACGACAGGUUCGAAUUUUACGAGAAGAUCUCCUUGGACAAUUACCUGCAAGAACGUGAUCCCAGUAAUCCCGCUAACUACACCCUCCAUGCUGUCCUGGUUCACAGCGGUGACAAUCACGGCGGUCAUUAUGUCGUUUUUAUCAAUCCCAGAGGGGAUGGCAAGUGGUGUAAAUUUGAUGACGAUGUGGUAUCGCGGUGUACGAAACAGGAAGCUAUUGAAUACAAUUACGGUGGACAUGACGAAGACAUGAACAUGACGGUGAAGCACUGCACCAACGCCUAUAUGUUGGUCUAUAUCCGUGAUUCGGAGUUACACAAUGUUCUUCAAGAGGUUACUGAAUCGGACAUCCCUAGCGAAUUGGCAGACAGACUGGCGGAAGAGAAGAGAAUGGAGCAGGUGCGCCGCAAGGAACGGAACGAAGCCCACCUCUACAUGACAAUAAACGUUCUCCUGGAGGAUUCCUUCGACGGUCAUCAAGGGAAUGACCUUUACGACCCGGAGAGGGCUCUGUUCAGGGUCUUCAAGAUUAAGAAGAUGGCCACGAUCGCCGAAAUGAUGGAGAUGCUGGCAGAUGCCUUCAAGUACCCGCCAGAGCAGAUCAGGCCAUGGCCUUUCAGCCAGAGAUCAAAUCAAACAGUACGGCCGAGCGUACUGGACCUGGAAGCGGACCUCCACAAAACCGUAAUCGAUGCCGCAGAGAACAUGAACCCCUGGAACAUUUUCCUUGAGUUGUUGCCCCCAGAUUCCGGGCAAACAGCUCUGCCCACAUUUGAUAAGGAGACGGAUGUGUUGCUGUUCUUCAAAAUGUACGAUCCUAAACAGAAGAAAAUCCACUAUUGUGGCCACAGUUACCUGCCAGUGACCAGCAAACUUAGUGACAUCAUCCCCUUAUUAAACGAGAGGGCCGGGUUCCCUCCUGACACAGAACUGUUGCUCUACGAAGAAAUUAGGCCAAAUAUGAUAGAGAAGAUAACCAACUUUAACGAUCCGUUAGAAAAGGUUUUAGAGGAAUUAAUGGAUGGCGAUAUAAUAGUAUUCGAGAAAGAAGAAAGGGAGGAGCUUUCAGACCUGCCGACAUGUAUAGACUAUUUUAAGGACCUAUUUUAUCGAGUAGAGGUAACGUUUGUUGACAAAUGCAUACCUAACGAUCAGGGCUUCACCAUGGAACUGUCGCAGAGAAUGACUUACGAUCAGUUCGCUAGGGCUGUGGCUCAGAGGGUCGGGACGGACCCGUAUUUAUUACAAUUCUUUAAAUGUCAAAGUUAUAAAGAUAGCCCCGGCCACCCGUUGAGGUGUACAUUCGAGGGUACCUUAAAAGACUUAUUAGUUUUUUCGAAGCCAAAAGUUCCCAAGAAGAUAUUUUAUCAGCAACUUAGUAUUCGUGUUAAUGAAUUAGAGAAUAAGAAACAGUUUAAGUGUAUCUACGUCGGUCCUAAGAUGAAGGACGAAAAGGAGCUUAUACUUUAUCCUAAUAAGGGUGGCACGGUAGCAGAUCUGUUGGAGGAGGCGAAGAAGCAGAUCGAGUUCGGAGAAGGCAGCACGGGAAAACUUAGGUUAACAGAAGUUAAUUGUAACAAAGUAUCGAUGGGUCCAAAAGAGGAUGUUCCCUUAGAGACAUUAGGCGUGACGUCGGCAAAGAUUUACAGGGUCGAGGAGAUCCCUCGGGAAGAGUUACACCUCGGAGACGACGAGUUGCUCGUCUCCUGUGCGCACUUCCAUAAGGAGGUAUUCUCCACCUUCGGUAUCCCCUUCCUGAUUAAAAUUAAACAGGGAGAACCUUUCAGCAAAGUUAAAGAACGAAUACAAAAGAAAUUGGCUGUGCCUGAGAAAGAGUGGGAGAAAUUCAAGUUUGCAAUAGUUUCAAUGGGUCGACCUCAGGUAAUUCAGGAAGAUGAAUAUGUAGUAAACUUAGCUGAUUUUAGGCCUCUUCCUAAUCAAACUGGUAGUCCAAAACCUUGGUUAGGAUUAGACCACGUUAACAAAGCCCCAAAACGGUCCCGUUUUAAUUAUUUAGAAAAGGCCAUCAAAAUCUACAACUGAGACUGAUGACAAAUUGACUCUAAAACAUCAUCGUACACUGCUUGGCUUUCAGCAGUAUUGCCAACGUACAUUAAUUCCUAGUAAAUGGAGGUACAUCUUUGUUACUAUAUUAAUUAUAAGGUGUGAGCGCUGCUUGUCAUUCAGUUUUUUUUUAUAAUUACUAAAAUGGCAAUUCUCUUCUGCUGUGUAACAAAAACAACUUGUACAUACAUUGUAUUUGAAAAAAAAAAUCUGUCUGUUUAGGGUGUAUUCACGAAAAUGUUCACUUGUUAUGUAUACGGGGUUAUUCAGAAAAUUGUUAAAUUUCAAGCUAUUUAAACAUACGUGUAUAAUAAAAUGUUUUUAUUAUAUUUUAAAUCCAAAGCAAUUAUACUUAGCUGCAAUUUUAAUGAAUUCAUAUUUAAUUAUUUUUUUUAUUAAUUUCCAUGAAUCUUUACAGAGUUCUGAAUAACCAAGUGUUUUUCAUUUGUAGUUUAUGUUAUAUGAAUUUUUACAACUUUUGUUGCUUCGUGCAAAAGAAAAUAUAUGUACGAUUCUUGCAUCCAAGUUUUAUCCUAAAUAAUUUUUAUUUUAUUUAUGUUACAAACAGUAAGCUCUUUUGUUUGUUUUUUAUACUUACUUUAUGGAUACUAACACCAUAAAUAUAAAUUAUUAAUAAAAAAAAGAAUAUACCUAGAUGUAUUUUUUCCCCUGUGACUUUUUAAGGUUUUUACUUUUUUCUUGUCCCGGAUAUUAUAGAUAUUACUUUUGCUUGUACAAAAUUUUGUAUUAAAUAUUAAAUUAAAGAUUGUAUUUAUUGCCCACUCUGUAUAUUUGGUAAUUUCAUUAAUUAAAAGAUACUGCUUAGAUUUUAAAGUAUUGCAAUAAAUAAUAUAAAAAUUAUUUUUGCGUUUUCUUGUUGGAUCAAUUGUGUAAGCAGCUAUUUAUACACUCAUUGAAAUAAAACAUUAUGUUGA